AUGCCAUAUGCAGGAUCAGCGUACAUCAUACGAGCGACCGAGAAAGAGGUGACAGAGCAGAGCCGAAGCAGCCACAUUCGCAUCCACUUUGGCUACCCACUGUACCUCGAGCGAAUCGCGGAUGCGGGGCCACGAGCUGCAAGACGAAUCUCAGCCUGCAGCCUGCACAUCUUCAGCUGGUAUCGUUCCAUUCGCUGUUCGCCACCCUCUCUUGUGUUUUGCUCACCAUCAUCCUCGUCCUCGUCGACAUCGCUACUUUCAAUCCCUGUACUGCGACUUGACGUUUCAUAUCUCUACGACAAAUCGACUACAAUCAUGGCUGCUGCUGCUACCGCCGCCGCCGAGUCUGGCCUCCAAUACACCGCCGUCGAUGACAUCCCAAAGAUUGUCUCCGAUCUUCGUGCCGCCUUCUUGACCGGCAAGACUCGUUCCAUCGAGUACCGAAAGAACCAGCUCAAGCAGCUCGCCUACAUGCUCAAGGACAACCAGGAUGCCUUUGUUGAAUCGCUUCGAAAGGAUCUUGGCCGUUCGCGCUUCGAGAGCAUCUUUGCCGAGCUCAUGGGCACUACUAAUGAGAUCGUCGAGGCCGUCGCAAAGCUCGACAAGUGGGCCAAGCCCACCAAGCCUUGGGCUGGUCUCGCUUGGGCUGCUCACGGCGCCAGCGUUCGUUCCGAGCCCAAAGGUACCGUUCUCGUCCUCGGCGCCUGGAACUACCCCAUCACCGUCCAGAUCGGUCCCGUGGUAGGCGCCAUUGCUGCCGGCAACACUGUCAUCCUCAAGCCCUCCGAGGUUGCCGGACACACCGCAAAGCUCAUCGCAGAGCUCUGGAACAAGUACCUCGACCCCGAGUGCUACCGCGUCAUCAACGGUGGCAUCCCAGAGACCACCGCCGCCCUUGACCAGCGCUUCGAGCACAUCUUCUACACCGGCAACGGCACCGUCGGACGCAUCAUCGCCGAAAAGGCCGCAAAGUGGCUGUGCCCCACCACGCUCGAGCUCGGCGGCAAGUCGCCCGUCUACGUCGACAAGAGCGCCGAUCUCACCAUCGCCGCGCACCGCAUCCUGUGGGGCAAGUCGUUCAACUGUGGUCAGACCUGCAUCGCCCCCGACUACGUGCUUAUCCCUCACGAACUGCAGGACAAGUUUGUCCAGGAGCUCAAGAAGGCCUACGAGCGCUUCUACCCGGAGCUUAAGGGUGGUGUCAACAACUCGGAAAGCUACGCCCGCAUUGUCAACCCCGGUCACUGGAAGCGUUUGAACGCCAUGCUCUCGGGCACCAAGGGCAAAGUCGUGCUCGGCGGCGAAGGUGAAGAAGCCACCAAGUUCCUGCCUCCCACCGUCAUUGCCGACGUCAAGCCGGACGACUCAGUCAUGACCGGCGAGAUCUUUGGUCCUCUCCUGCCCAUCGUCCCCGUCCGGGACGUCAAGGCUGCCGUGGACUUUAUCAACUCGCGCGACCAGCCUCUGGCUCUGUACCUGUUUGCAGGCGACAAGAAGGUCAAGGAGUUCUUCUUUGACAACACGCGCUCCGGUGCGUGCGUCCAAGGCGACACUCUGCUCCACUUUGCCGUGGACGCCCUCCCCUUCGGCGGUACCGGUCCCUCGGGCUACGGCAACUACCACGGCAGGGCGUCGUUCGACCAGUUCAGCCACCAGCGUGCCAGCCUGGACGCACCCGCCUCCGGUCUGCUCGGUAAGGUGAUCGAGCUCGUCAUGUCUUCUCGCUACCCGCCUUACACGGACGCCAACCUCAAGAAGAUGAGCGCGCUGGCUGCCUACUCGAUCUCGUUCAAGCGUCCAUCCAACCCGCACAAGAGCGUCACCUACUCAUCCUCGUUGUCGGAUGACGCCGUGCAGUGGAGAGGGCACAGAUGCAACGCUUCGUCAGCAUAG